AUGGCAUUUUCGAGCCAAGGUACACUUUUCUUUGGACUGACAAAGGAAAAUGCCAUAGGAUGCUAUAAUCGAUACAGGGAACUGAAUAAGACAAACAUUGGAAUAGUUGCUCAAGACUAUUUUUUAACUAAAAAAUAUGAUCCUACCUCAGUCAUUCCCAUGGACGUUGAUCGAGAUCAAGCCGGUCGAGUUUUCGUAUCAUUUCCCAGAAUCAGGGGCGUACCUGCAACUUUAGGUACAGUUACCAAUAUCACGGGACAAUGGGGACCCUUGAUUAAGCCCUACCCGGACUGGUCAUGGUUUCAAUUUAAUCAUUGCAACACUUUACAAAACGUCUACAGAAUCGAGAUAGACAAAUGCAAUAGAUUAUGGGUUUUGGACACUGGAUACAAAGGCUGGUGGUCAAAAACAAGCUACUGUCCACAAAAGCUAGUUGUUUUUGAUUUGAACACCGAUAAACAUAUAAGAACUAUUGAGAUACCUAAUCACAUUGCAAGAGACAAGAAUGGAGAUUCGUUACUUUCCACCCCAGUCGUUGAAACAGAAGGGCCCCGUUGCGAAAAUACUACA